CCGGCAUAAACACAUGGGAACCAGUAAUGGAAUCAUGAGAGGUCAAAAGUUCUUUUUCUAAUCUUUGACAUAAACGAAAACCUAUCCCUAAAGCAUGGCCAGCUCCAUGGUGGCGGCGGGUCUGGCUCUGGCUGCGGCUGGAUUCGCAGGUCAGUCUGAAAACACCUUACAUCAUCUGCGGGAAUAGACUUAAGGUCGGUAUGUCAUGCAGGCCAUGAAGCACAUGGAGCCUCAGGUGAAGCAGGCUCUUCAAAGUUUUCCUAAGACGGCUUUUGGAGGAGGGUAUUAUAGAGGAGGGUUUGAACCAAAAAUGACAAAAAGAGAGGCUGCCCUAGUCUUAGGCGUCAGUCCCACUGCCAACAAAAUGAAGAUCAGAGAAGCACACAGAAAGUUGAUGAUCUUGAACCAUCCCGACAGAGGUGGAUCUCCCUAUUUAGCAGCAAAAAUAAACGAAGCCAAGGACCUAAUGGAUGACCAGGUCAAGAAGUCGAGCUGAUUUUUCCAAAGGAUUGUUUGAACUCCCUCUGAAUCUUUUUCAUGCUGCUGCACUGGCUGACUUGGACACUUGAUUUUUGUGAAUCCCCUUCAAUAAAAUCAAGUCUGUAAAAAGGGUGAAAUACUUCAUUUUAAUUAUCUGCUCCUUUAUAGAUUUAAGUUUUUAAAGGCUUUGUUCAAAAGGUUUUUUUUUUACUUAAAGAUGACUAAAACUUAUGGAUUUAUUCAAGUCUGUAUUUGUUGAAGUUACAGUGGCUGUAAUUUGAGGUAUUUUAGAUUAAAAAAUUAUUCAGUUUUCAUCUCA